AUGGGAGGGAUAGGUGAUUGCGACUUCAAGAUCGCUCAGAUCAGCCGAGUUAAGAGCAAGGGCUACAUCAACCACGCAUUCGAAUCCGUCUGGCUCGUGGAGAACGUCACCCACAUCGUGCACAAGGCCUGGCCCAUGAGCGCAACACGCCCCACCGGCGCCUACGAGCCCCAGUUCCAGGUGAUGCGGAACCUGCUCGACAUUGUGCGCGAGGCAGCGACAGUGCCAGGAGGGCGUGGCAGCGCCAACUCGAACGCCCAGGGCCGGAUCAUCGGGCUGAGCCACGACGCCCGCGUGCCCGAGCGCCGCGUGCCGCUCGAGGCCACCCGGCCCAGCGGCUACACUGGCACCGAGGCCAAGUGGGUGUGCGAGCGACUGCUCGACGAGACACUGAACCACCACCCAGGGCUCUUCCGCGCCAUGGUCGUGCGCCCGGGCCAGAUCCACUUUGCCUUCCUGGCCAAGUCGGCCCAGAGCCUGCGCACGUGGCCCCACCUCGCCGGCACCCAGCAGUGGAUCCCCGUCGACCUUCACGCCGCCGCCGCGGCCGAGCUCGUGCUGAACCCCCACGCCUUGUAUCCUGUCUACCACCUCGACAACCCGGGUGGCCAGCUCUGGGAGAGAAUGUCGCCCGUGCUGUGCUGCGCCCUGGGCCGAGUUCGCACGUCGCCGCUCGCUGAGGCGGACAGUCCGGCGGGGCGGCAGGCCAUGGCCGGGUUCUUGGGCGCUCGCUUUGAGCGCAGGUCGUGCGGUGGCCUGAUGCUCGACGUCGAGAGGGCCAAGGAACACAGCGUGACCAUGGCCGGCGUGGGGCCCGUCAGUCCUGAGUUGGCUAUUAGGUAUAUAGUUGAGUGGAGGAAGAUGGGUUUCUUGAAUUAG